AUUCGUCAUUGUCAACAAAAACAAGACGAGAACGAAGCAAGACUUUCCUUUUAAUUUGUGACGUUUACUUGAAAUGUAAAGAAAUUUAAAGCUAAUCCCGUCGUAUUUAUGUAGUAAACAAUAAUUAAUGAAAAUAUGUUAAGUGUUUUGUUGAUCCUGUAGUUUAUGUGUAAAUUACAAGUUGAAUCAUGAUGGAUGAGUAUGGUCUGGACCCAUACGAGCAGCAGCUUUUAAAAGUAUUCAAUAGUCACGACAGAGAGAAUUGCGGCAGCUUGGACAGAGAGGGUCUCACGCAACUUUGCCAGACUCUGCAGCUAGAUGAACACGGUCUUGAUCUGGUCAAAUGCCUGUUGAAGGAUAAACGUUCUCGAGUAAAUUUCACAGACUUCAAAGAUGCGUUGUUAGCUCUUCUCGGCAACAUGCAAAAUAACAAAUCGUCUGUGAACGAUGAUAAUAUCGAAGAGAAAUCUUCGCCUGAUCGAGAAGUUUCUCCAAAGUUCGUUUAUGGCUCGAAGAAGUACGGUAGACGAUCCAGACCGAGGAACGAAGACAUACAUAAACUUGUCAAUGAAGACGACAAGCCGCAAAGUAUUUCCGUUCAACGCUCUAACUCUAACACCGAAGUCUCUUCUAAGAAACGGAAGACCAACUACAGACUACAGAGAUGCACUUCUCUACCUACUAAUAACGAUUUAGUUAUUGAGGACAAAAAUAUAAAUUCCCAUUUAAUAUCCAAUGACACGGAACUGAUCUGUACUGAAGAAAUGCUUCGAGAAGCUUGGAAGAAGUUGGGUGUUGGAGAGGAUGGGUAUUUGAACCAAACUGAACUUAUUUUAGUUUGUGACGCUAUUGGUCUUCACAAAUUAGCUGAUGGCGUUAUACGACAGCUCUCUGAUAAGUUGACUGUGAAUUGUGACCAUAAGAUAAGUUUUCAAGAAUUGCUGACAAUUUUACAACAGGAUGACACGUGGUUUGAGGUUCUCAACCAUACGAUACCGACCAAGGAUGUGGAACUAGAUGGCUCCCUUUUACACCAAUCCAGCGAAUGUCUCUUCCCAGACUCUCGCACGUUCCAUCUAGUAACAUUGGGACCAGACGGAAAUGGCAUGAUUAACACGGAUGAUCUAAUCGAGAUGUGGGAAAGCGUCGGAGUACAUUCUCCCAAGGAGCUGUUGCAUGAAUUAGGAUUUAACUGCAGGAUGGUUAACAUUUUGGAUUUGGCCGAUGUUCUGGACAAGCAAACCAAAGGGAUUACCGAAGCGACCAGGAGUGAUUUUCAAAGUCCUCACAUCGCUCUGCUGCAGGCCAGUUUGACCCUUUACCAAUCCGAAAUAAAAACCUUCAAGAAUCUCCUGGAGCAAAUGCACGCCGAGCGCGAAAAGCUAAAAUGCCACGUCACCGACGCCAAUAACAGAGCGACGCUUCUCGCCCAAGAAGUCGACGACAAUCAUUCCAGAAUGGAACAGAACACUUUAAAUCAAGUCAAAUUGAUAGAACAAAGGCAUUCCGAUAUCCUAAAAGAAAUCACAGCCCAGUUUACCAAAGAAAAAGAUCAUAUCACAACUAUCAAUCAAACCCUGGAGGACAAAAUCUCGACUCUGGAACAAGAAGUCAAUAAACUCAAGAACGAUCUAUCGAUAGCUCAGAAAUAUUCGUUGAAUGUGGAAAAGGAGAACCAAGGUCUGUCGUUGAAAAUCGCUGAGUUGGAAAGAGACAGGAGUCUGCUUAGUGGCCAGAUAGAUGUCCUCGAAAACGAGAAGCUUAAGUUGAAUGAAAUGGGCCAGGAAGAGAAUAAGGUGUUGAUGGCGAAGCUGAGUACGUUGCAGAUGGAGAAUGCGCAGUUGAAGGAUAAAAAUGACGAGAUGGUGUCGGAGAUCGAGAGUUUAUCUAACAAGAUGGCGAGCAUGAGGAUGAAAGUGUCUAGUACACCGACGACCGUCAACACGCUCGACCAAUCGAUGGAGGAGAACAUAUCCAUAAUCUGCGAAGGUGUCGGGCUGGGAGCCAAGCGUAGGAGUGACUACUCUCCAUCUAAGGAUAAUCUCUUGUUCGGAAUAGGCGAUAGUAGUCCGAGAUUGGGAAAAAUCCGAAAAUUCCAUACCAAAAAUCAGGAUAACUUCGAAGUCCCUUUCACCUCCAGCGAAAGCGGCUUUGACACUGAAGUUGACUGUCCGGAUUCGCCCCUUUGCGACGAAUCCUCCAGCGAAAACGAAGAACUUACCCGACUACAAUCAAAAGUGGCCUUUCUGGAGCAGAUCCUUAAACAGAAUGGUAUUCCCGUGCCCAACACUGGCUGUGAGAGCUUGGUAGCGAACUGGAGUACAAACCCGGAAUAUUUAUAUAGUAGAGUACAAGAACUAGAGAAAUUAAUCAGGGAUAUAAAAGAAGCCAUGAGAACGAUGAUCGAAAAAGACAACAUAAACUGUGAUACUUUGAAAAAGGUUAGUGAGACAUUGGAGAAGUCAUUCCUUCGUAACAGUGCUAACUCUUUAGAUGCAUUUAAACUCGACAGUCCGCAAAAAGAUUGCGCUUGCGCUAGCUCACAAACAGACUUUAUCGACGAAUUUGAGGCGAAGGUGGCUCAACUAGAAGCGAAAAACAAAGACUUGUGCGCUAAAUGUGCCGACUUGGAAAAUUGUGUCGAGUUAUUGCGGAACGAGUACGAGAAAUGCGAGGACUAUUGGCAGAAUAAGGUCGAUGAAGAAAGACAAAUGUACGAAGCUGAGCAAAAAGUCAAUAGCGAUAAAUUGGCGGAUUUAAUUAUAAAGAUGAAAGAGUAUGAAGAGCAAUUCACCGAUCAAGAUUUGCCAGAUGGUCGACUUCCUACUAUAGAAGAGACUUAUCAUUUAGAAAAACAGUUUACCGAUUUGGAAGAAGAGUUUGAAGUGUAUAAAGAAGAGAGCGAAACAAAACUGUUACAGAAGGACGAGGAAAUAGCGUUUUUGAAAGAAAAAUUGACUGAGUUAGCACUGAAACAAGCGAAGGAUGUAGCCGUCCAAGUUGAACUAGAUACUGAAGAAAUUAGAAUAUUGAACAAAAUGCAAAAUUUGUCGUGUUAUGUAAUUGAGAAUACUAGUCGAUAUCCAGAAGAAAUGAUGCCACCUAGUCCUCAAAUCCAAAGUAAUGCAUCAUAUAUGAAUCAGUCGCUGGUCUGGAAUCAGCAAGGGAGAAGUGAUGAACAAUCAGAGAAUUGUAAGUCUCUUCCAGUUAGUUGGAGUUUUGAUAACAAAACCGAAUCGAAUGGUCCGUCCACGUCUUGCAGUACCACUAGUUUAGACAAAAACUCUACCCCCUGUACACCUUGUAGGCCUAAGAGAACAAAGAAGUACAACAAAAAUAUUUAUAAGAAAAACGUGCCAGAAAAGGACGACGGGCAUCGUGACACAGAUCAAAGAACUGGUUCUGGAAGUCAGAACAGUUGUCCGAAUUUUGGACCUGAGCAGAAAAUAGUCAUACCUUUAAGAUCUUUCCAUAAUUUGAAUGCUAGGCGGAACUUUUUGGAACAAAGAGUCAGAAGUCUGCAAGUAUGUCUUCAACAACAGAAAUACUGCCAUGAACAAAUGAUGCAACAUUUCUGGCACCAAUUUAGCGGAGAACAAGCCGAGACUCACUCCAAGCUGAAAUACUACCAAGAGAAACUCGACCAACAAGUCCGGAUAAAUCGGGAGCAGUUGGACAAGUUAGAAAAGACUGACAUGCUGGUGAAGGACCUCUAUGUCGAAAACUCGUACCUUAUCGCCAGCAAGCAAAGGCUGGAAGAACAACGGUGUCACAUGCUAGCUCAUUGUAACUCUAAUUCCGUAUAGUGAAGUUUUAUUUAUUUUCAGUUUAAGUUAUAUUUCCAGUAUCUGGAUGACAAUUAUUUUUAUUUGGUGAAGAAACUCUUAGUUAUGUUCUUUAUAAUAUAGAGGAACUGGUAUUCGAUUUAUUAAUUUGAAAUUUUUUAAAUGGAUAAUUGCGAAAAUUCGAUGUGUCUUUGGAAUAAACAAAUCAGAUUUAGUUGGUAGAGAGCAGCACAUUAGGCACCAGAAGGUAGGAACACCUUGUGUAUUUUUCCUAAAGAUUGAGAAGUAGAAGUCGCAGACAAUCUAGGAGAGAAAAAAAGCAGGAUUCUUAAACAAAUGUCCUACUAUACAGUGUGGUAGAGAUGUAUGCAGUGCCAUAUACUUUGAAUGGCAUAAAAUGUGUCUUUGAACUAUAUAGUAACCGGUAAAGUAUUUGAAAAUACCUCUUUUGUAGAGGUUGCUACCUAGUUCAGGCAUAUACAAUAGUGGUAUUUUGUUUCGUCCACAGUAGAGGGCGCUAAGUGAGUUUGUUCAAGAAUCUUGUCUUUUUCUCCGAGUUUGUCUUCCCCUGCUACUUCUCAAAUGUCAUGGUGUGAACGGAAAGAAAAGACACAUGCAAUGCCUUUUGGUGACUGAUACGCUGUCCUAUUUAAAACGAAUUACAGAUUUUUUUGUUUGAGUGAUAGAGAUAUUUCAAAUUUAGUUUGCUAACUAGUCAGAUAUUUUAAACGAAACUCUAGAUAUAACUGAGGAUAUAUCUCUGGACAAUAACAAUAUAGAAAAUGUUGAGUCUUAUAUAUACUUAGGACAAAAAUUCCACUAUCAAAGCUAUAUGCUAAAUAUAAAUAAAUCAUAACUAUAUACUAUGUACUAAAGACUGAUUUAAAUAGAAGAUGUUCCUUAGAAUGGACAGCUUUUGGAUGAUUACAAACAGUAUUCAACUCAAACUUAGCAAAUACUUUAAAGGCAAAAGAUCUCGAUCAGUGCGUAUUGCCGGUUCUGAUAUAUGGAACUGAAACAUGGACUUUUAACAACAACAUAGUCCACAAACUCUAAGUAACUCAGAGAGCUAUGGAAUAGAGAAUGCUUAACAUUAAGCUCAGCGAUUGUAAAUCCAAUGAAGAAAUAUGAGGACGAUCAAAGGUAACAGAUGUAUUCCAAAAGAUUGCUAUGUUAAAAUAGAACUGGGCAUGACACAUAGGAAGAAUGGAAGACAAGCGUUGGACGAAGCGAAUUGUUGAAUGGAGACCAAGAGAAGUAGAGGCAGAACUCAAACCAGAAGGACUAAUGACAUCAAGCGAAUGACUGGUCCCGAGUGGAUAGAAAAAACAACGAACAGAAAUUAAUGGACACACCUGAGGGAGGCUUACAUCGACGAUGGAUGGAAUAGCUGUUGAUGAUGAAUAGUAGAGCUGUCGAAACCAUUUUUUGCUAAAUUUGUACUUUUUUCUAGCAUUUAUUCUAUUACAUAAACAUUUUUGCAAAAACUCGUAUCACUGUUACUAAUAAACCAAGUAUAAAAGUUAUAAUGAGAAUAAAUCAGAUAUAGGCAAAAUCACUACCAAUAAACAUGGAAUAACUUAGGUAUAGGUUAUACUUGGUAUAAGAAUUCAUUCCAAAUUUAUACCGACCCACACCCUUGUUUAAGUCUGGUAUAAACUAUUUUAUGACUGUCAAAGUCAUCAGAGACAAAAAUAUAUUAUUUUUUGAUUUGUUUUGUGAGUAGAUCAGAGAGUAGAUAUAUAAUAAAAAAUGUGUUUAAGAGGUAUUGCGGCUAACGAGGAAGUUGAUAAUUUAAUUAACAUGAUGGAAAAUACACGAAAAAGGAAAACUUUCAAAGAAAGCAUAAAUUCCUUUUAAAAUAAUGCAGAAUAAAAAUCCGGUUUCCUAAAGAUGAUGUAAGGUUUUUAUAAAAAUUAUUAGGUGAUUCACUUAUUGUGAACAAGCGAGGAGGAGGCUUAUUCUCCACUCUACAAGAAAAAUAAGGUCUUUAUUUUCUAUAAUAUGUAGAACAUCUCUUACAAUAUUCUUCAUAAUAUGCUGAAAUUAACAUAUUUACAUUGUAUUUAUAAGUAUAAUAAAUCAAUUUGUUUACUUUUCUUCACUUUCCCAUUUAAUGCAACGUUCUCUUUUAUUUGAAGCCAUUUUAUGAAAUACUCAAACUCAACAUACAACAUACGAAAUAACGAUUUAUUAAAAUAUAGCGGAAAAUACAAAGUUCUCUUUUAUUGGAAGCCAUUUUAUGAAAUAGUCAAACUCAACAUACAAGAUAAGAAAUAACGAUUUAUUAAAAUAUAGCAGAAAAUACAACAAUGGGCCAGAGCCUAUCAAAAAAUUAUGAAGUAAAAUUUGAUGUUAAAAAUCUACAUUUUUUGAGUUUAUACGACUCGUAAAGGGAAAAGCAACUGCGGGUAGUUCAUCAAAAAAUGACGGAAUUUGGUUUGUUAGUUGCAGAGAAAAGUCAAAAUUGACAUAUUUCACCCAAUGUAUAGUCGUUUUAUGCAUUUGUGUAGAAGAUUGCGCUGUUGCCAAACUAUUAUUUCGGAAUAAAGUGGGAAUACUUAUAACUAACUUAUACCGAGUUUAUUGGUAACAAAUUAUUUUCGUAUUAUGUCUACCUUAUACUUAGGAUAACUAUUCUAGAUAUAAAUACGGAAUAACUUUAGAAUACGAGUGUUUUAUUACGUAAGGCAGUAUAACUAUAAUAAUAUGGUAUUCAAGGCUGAUGUGCAUAGGUGGUUUAAGAUUAGCUAACUACCUUUAACACAACGUAUUUUUGCCACUAUCCAUUUGAAACUUAUUUCACUAGAGCCGUAGUGUUGUGACGUCAAGCCUUCAUUUUUUGAGGUUAUGUUUAAUCUAAAUCAACCAAAUUCAACUUUUUUAAGACUUGAUCAAGAAUCAAAAUAAAUCUAACCUCAAAAAACGAGAUGAAGACGUCAAACAUAUGACGUACAGAUUGUUUGUUGGUAAUACUGAUAGUGGCCAUCUUUAUUUUUAAUUUUUAACCUGAAUAGGAUAGUUUUAAUAUUCAGUUUUAGUUAGACAACGAAGUGAUACUAUAAGCUACUUUAAUAAUAGUUCAAUCCUAUUAUCACCUCACUAACAAUCAUUCUUUAAAAUUUGCAUGUAUUUACAGCAUUUUUCUCGUCUGUAUUUUUUUAAGGAAUUGAUAUCUCAGGUAGGUAUUAUACAAAAUGAUGAUCGCUUUGAAUAAAAUCGGUCUAAUAUGACAUAGUUCUAGUGUACCAGCACGGAGGUUUAAUAUCGUUAGCACAGAUGUGACGAAUUUUUGUUUACAGGUAAAGAAUAUUUGAAUUGAGCAUUGUAUCAAUAUGUAACAAUGACCAAUGUAUAGGAGUGGACUUACUACCUAUAACAUUGGAUGCUUUCUUUAGGCUUCAACUUGAAAAAUGUUUUUAUUAACGUUUCGACUUCCACUUCGGACGUCGUUGUCAAAAUACAAAAUAUUAAUAAAUUAAACAAAAAUGUUGUUGCUUAGUAAAAAAGUUCUUCUGAUAAAUUAAUUUAAUAUGACUCAUUCAUAUCGGCAACUCAGACAUAUAUAUUAUACAUAAAAAAUGUAUAAACAUUUUCAAUUUCUUUGCAAUCCGAAAAUGCAGUAGCAUUAUACCCUAGUUAAAUCGGAGAGUGCAGGAAGAGUCUAUACCGGUUUCGGGUAUUUUUUUUUUUUUUGUUUAUACCACCUGUUGUCAAUCUGGUGGUAUGGGAACGAUAUUUAUUGUCGUUUUCUGUGCUACUUGAUUGAUAACUUAUUUUGUUUCUCGGUAGACGUCUCUAGGAUAUCCACGGCCCAAAGCGAGGUACCUGGUUAAUUUGGAGAGAAGAGGAUAUGGGACUACUGAUGAGGGUAAAAAAAAUACCCGAAACCGGUAUAGACUCUUCCUGCACUCUCCGAUUUAACUAGAGUAUAAUGCUGCUGCAUUUUCGGAUUGCAAAGAAAUUGAAAAUGUUUAUACAUUUUUAAUUCAUUUACUGUUUUAUGGAGUACUAAGGAAUCAUUCUCGUUGGAACUUUUACCACGCUGAGCAGAUGGAACGUUAAUUAUUUAAAAUUCCCUCAUCAUAAUUUCGUCUCGGCACCCGUAUGAUUUAUAAUUUUUGAAAAUCCGGGGGGUAGUAACCAGAGAAAGUUCCACCUGUUGUUAAUCGGGUGGCAUGGGAACGAUAUUUUGUCGUUUUCUGUGCUACUUGAUUGAUAACUUAUUUUGUUUUAUAUAUAUAUAUAUAUAUAUAUAUAUAUAUAUAUAUAUAUAUAUAUAUAUAUAUAUAUAUAUAUAUAUAUAUAUAUAUAUACGUCUUCAUAUCAAGGCGAGAUCCGACUAAAUCGAGGACAACCCGAGAUCCACCAAUAGGAAAUUAAUUAUUGGAGUAUAUGUUUCAUAACUAUCUUUAUUAAUGACAUAUUAAUCAUGGCACACUUAGAGGGGAAAAGAUUUUUGUACUUAAAUUUUUCUGAUAAAUUUACAGCGAAACGAGAUCCGUAGCUGAAAAGUAAAGGGGAGGACUUAUAUACGAAAUUUUAGAUACUUACCGAUCAACGCGAGAUCACACACUGAUGCCAGCUCUAAAGAGUAUUAGUCAAGCGAUUGGAGCUCGUAUUGUACUGUAUAUUUCCCACGAUAUACAGAUAUAUAGUGGGCGGAGUAAAUGCCGGCAGCAACAGCAUUGUCUCGAAUUCUUUAUGUAUCUUUUAAAUAUCGCUUCUUUUGUGGCUUUAACGUCUACGAUUUAAGUCCCUUAGUUUUGUUACAUACAUAAGGGUGUGAAAAAAGAAAAAAAUACUUCACAAAUAUUAACCAUUUAAUAAUGAUAAUUAUUUGAAAUACAAUAUUUUCAAACUAUACAUUAAUAUUCUUAAAAAACACUUACUACGAAACCAAAAUGUAAUUAUUAUAUUCUUAAAUAAUACAAAUUGUUACAAAAUAAUUAUUUAAAUGAUUGCUUGUUUUAAAAAUAUGUACAUUACAAGGAAGUAAAAACUUUUAUAAUUAAUAUUAAAGUUUAAAAAAUAAAAUAACUCAAUAUGUAAUUAUUAUUUGAUAGUUUAAAAAUGAUUUUAAGUAAAAUGAUUUAAAAGAUAAAAAGAAACACACAUAAUUUUCAGGGUCAACUCUUAAUUGCAUCAAAAUUUGGAUUUAGGUUCUACCCACCCCCACUUCAAAGUUGAAUUUGUGCCGUUGAUUGCUUUUACUUGGAGGGUGAAAAAAUAUAUGUUUAAAAUAAGUCCGGAAACAGAUCUGACUAACUUUAAGAAACUUUUGUUCUAUAGAGUUUUUUUAACUUAGGUACUAGGUUAAUUCAGUAGUAGGUACUAGAGUCACUUGCGACUAAAAAUGUUUACUUUUCAACAAAAAAAACAGGUUUUUCGGCGGUUUUUCGCAAAUACUCAAAAAGAAAGUAUUUUAUCGAAAAAAUAUUCUUGGAAAAAAUGUAGCAUAUAAAAAAACGAAAAAAUGGUAUAUUCAUAGUCUAUAGAACCAGUAAAAGUAAAUUUGUAGCUCAUAAAAAGACGAUCUUAUCCUUCAAAUUCCAAAUCAAAUAUUUUAACGUGAUACAUAGUACCAAAAAAUGAAGCUCUUUUCGGGGAAAAACCCAUUAAAAUUUUUUUAAAGUGUUUAAAAAAGCUUGAUUAUAUUUUAUAAAAGUUAUAUACGGGUAGAAAAGACAACGGAACGAAUUUUCGAACGUUUAAAGAGACGACAUCCCAGAUGUACCAAUUUCUGGACAAUUGAUCCAAAGACUGGACUCUAACAACGAAACAGUUGUGGAUUUUCAAGUUUUCAAUGAGAGUCAGAAUGAAAAAACAUUAGUGACAUCGAGUAUGAUGGUUUGGAGAAUUUGGCUGGUUAUAUCUGCCAUACAUUGAAGGACUCCAGUAUUCAAUCCGAAGAUGUUUCAACGUACACGUGGGUUGAUCAUUUGUGUAAAUGUGGUUUAUGUAAACCAUCAGACACUCUCUUGUCAUAUAUUAAGUAACUGGAGACAAUUUUUACUUUCACAGAAUGGUGAUUCCAUUUUGGUAACUAAAAAUUAUUUAGAAAACCUUAUGUCCAAAAGUGUAACUGUAGACUCUUCUAACAAAGCGAACAAGUUAUUUUUUAGGUCUCGGAUGUACUUCCGAAUUAAAGAAUUAAACAAGUCUCUUAACAACCUGACAUUGCGUAAAAGAAAAAUUAUGAAAACUGCUACAUAGUUGCUGUAUGUACGUCUAUUUCACAUGCACAAAAUUUGAAUAAAAUGCAUGGCAUGAAAACUGUAAAACUUAUUUUUGUCUUUUCCAAGCCUCUUACUUAAAUCUGAUGAAAUACAUUAUUUAAAAAGUAAAAAAUUUUGUUUUUUUAUCAAUCCAUUAAAUUUAUGGUUUUAUUUUGGGGUUUUUCUUCCCCUUGGUAAAAAUUAUAUUUACUAAUAUGUAGGCCACUAAUCAAUUUUUGUCAACUAACGAAAUAUAAUAAUUUUAUUAGAUAUCGAUUAUAUGAAUAUUUUUAUUUUCCGGAUACCAAUAUAAUCAAGAAACUGGGAAUUUUACAAAUAACUGAAAAUCAAUUUAAAUAAAAGUAAAUAGUUUAAUAAUUUUCCUCUAAACUAUAAAAAUCACUUAGUUUCUUUUAGUCAUAAUUCAUUCAUUUGUACUAUUCUCAAAUUUCAUUCGCGUUCGUAUUACGAACGCAUAGACGGGAUUAUGCUUUACUCUGUUGCUGACGUCAUGCGCCAAUCGGACGAGCUUACGUAACUAGAAAAGCAGGGUGUGCAUAUUUCCGGGUCCCGGUGAAUUCGUAUCUAUUUUAAUCCCCCAUCCUAAUUACAGGCCAACUGGCAACUCUGGUGCGCAGGUAAUUUUUAGAUAACCCAUUAACUACCGGUGAAUUGGUAACUUUCAUUUUUUAAGUAUUGUUAAUAAUCUAAUAUCGGUAUUCCAGGUAUUUAGCGCUGCACUCCUAGAAAAUGGAAAAAAUGGCACAGGAAGUGAAACCGAUGAUGAAAGGAAACGCAAAAGAGAAAACUUGGAUGAUUGUUUUAAUAGAAGUAAAAUUAAAAAAAGGUCACCAAGCAAAGCAGGCAACGAAAACAAGGAAGACAUGGAAAAUAUUAUGAUUACAAUAAUGAAAGAGCUAAUGCAUAAAAACGAUGAAAUGUUUCAGGAAAUAAAACAAAUAAGGAAAGAACAACAACAAACCAAUAAAGAGUUAAUGGAUGUAAAAGCAGAGAAUCAAAAACUAAAAAAAGAAGUAAAACUGCUACAUGAAAGAAUGGAGCAACUGGAGAAAUUUAGCAAAAAGAAAAGCUUGAUCGUAACUGGGUUGAAAGUAGAAACAAAUGAUUAUAAGAAAUUAAAAGAAGAAAUGAAAAAUUUCAUUGCCCAAGAGUUGCAAACACAAAUAAAACUAAGAAGUGCAACAAAAAUAGGAGAAACAGUAUGCUCAAUAGAAACAGAAGCUCUCACGGAUAAAAUGAAAAUCCUAAACAAGAAACGUAAACUAAAACAGCAUAAAGAUUGGACAUCGAAAGAAAAAAGAAAUACAAAAGGAAAUAACUAAAAUAGCAAAGGACGAAAUAAGCAAAGGUAAGCAAACGAAAAUCGGCUACAAGAAAUUAAUAGUGAAUGGCAAAAUCUAGAUAUGGGACGAAGAGAGAGAACAGCUGAUAGAAAAUUCAAAAAACAAAUAAACAAAGAACAGCGGCUGAAAUAUGAUAUUGACAUGGCAAAAAAAGACUCGGCAAUGCAAACGGUUAACGAAAACAAAAUAACGCACACAAAAUAAAGAAAGAAUCUCAAUAAGAAGAAAAGAACAAAACCCAUUAGAAUGGGAUCUUGGAAUAUUAGAACCAUGCUGGCAGUAGGUAAGAUGCAAGAAAUAGCUCUUGAAAUGAAAAAAUACCAACUAGAAAUCCUAGCCCUACAGGAAAUACGAUGGAAGAAAGAAGGAAAAAUUAAGAAGAAAAACUUUAGCAUGUAUUAUUCGGGAGAAAACAAACAGGGAACGAAUGGUACGGCAGUUAUGGUGAACAAAAAAAUGAGGGAAAAAGUGAUACAAUUCAAAGCAGUUAAUGAAAGGAUAUCUUACAUAAGAAAAUAAACAAGCCAACAUCUCGAUAGUCAAUUGCUAUGCACCCACUGAAGAAGCAAACGAAGAAGAUAAAGCAGAAUUCUACGACAUCCUGGAAGAAACCUGUGAAGAUAUUCCGAGGAAUGACAUAUUAAUAAUAUUGGGUGAUUUCAAUGCAAAGAUCGGAAAGGAGGACUAUAAUCGUAAUGUAGUUGGCAAAGAAACCAUUCAUGAAACUACGAAUGAUAAUGGAGGAGAAAUCUGCAACCUAGCAGCAGCAACAAACACAUAUAUAGUUAGUACUGGGCAUAAACAUAAAAAAGAACACAAAAUAACAUGGAUAAUAUCAGGAAGAAAGGAUGGAAACCAAAUAAAUCAUACUCUAAUUUCGAAAAAGUGGACAAAAAUAGUACAAGACGUAAGGUCAUAUAGAGGGGCAAAUGGAGGCACUGACCACAUAUUGUUGAUAGCAAAACUUAAGAUUAAAAUAAUCAAAGUAAAUAAUCAUAAGGAAGGAAAAAGGAGGAAAUGGAAUAUAGCCAAUCUGAAAACGCAAGAAACAAAGCAAUAAUAUACAGAACAACUGGAACAGAAAUUGGGUCAGUACGAGCACAUAGAAAUAGAAGGAGAAUGGAAAAACAUAAAGAACAGCAUAAUAGAGACAGCAGAACAAAUAAUAGGAUUCCAAAAAAACAAAGAAUCGAAAGAAUGGUUUGAUGAGAAAUGUUCACAAUAAAGUCAACUGAAGCACGUCGCAAGAAACAAAUGGCUACAAAGUGCCGAACAGGAACAACUGGACCAAUAUAGAAAACAAAAACAAGAAGCAUUGAAACUCUAUAGAAGAAAGAAGAACACAUGGAUCUCUGAACAAAUGCAAGAAUUAGAAACGAAUAAUAAAGACAAAAAGAAAUUGUUCGAAUAGAUAAAACAACAAUACAGUACCAAAAAAUCUGUCACAAAAAUAAACAAAAAAGAUUGGGAAAAACAUUUCACGGACCUAUACAAAACGACAAUAAGGCAUAUUCAGAGCAUGAGGAUAUGAAAGAUAACAGAGAUGAAGAGGAAGGCGCACGUGCUUAUCAGGAAUUCAUGGAGGAAUUAAAACAACUAAAAGUAAACAAAACGCCAGGGACAGAUGAAAUCAACAACGAACUGAUCAUCAACGGAGGAGAGGAGCUCACGAAGCGAAUGCACAAGUUAAUGGUUACAAUUUGGAAGGACGAAAGCAUGCCCAUAGAAUGGAAAAACGGACACAUCGCACCAAUCUUUAAGAAAGGAACUCCAACUAAGUGCUGCAACUAUAGACCAAUUAUGCUACUAAAUACAACGUAUAAGAUAUUGACCAUAAUUAAUUAUAUUAAUUAAUUAUAUUAAUUAUAAGAAACCCACUAAAUCAAUACACAGAAAAAAUUAUAGGCCCAUACCAACAGGGUUUUAGAAAAGGAAGAUCAACAAUAGAUGCAAUACACGUACUGACACAAACAAUUGAAAAAAGCUAUGAACAUGACAUAGAAUUACACAUACUAUUCAUCGACUUCCAACAGGCCUUCGACGGCAUAUACAGACAACAAUUAAUAAAAGAAAUGAAAAAAAUGGAGAUACCUGCAAAAUUAAUAAGACUAACUAGAAUGACAAUAAAAGACUCAACAGCAAAGUGAAAACAAAUGAGGGCGAUACAAAUGACAUCAAAAUAGAACUUGAAGUAAGACAAGGAGACAGUCUGUCAACGACAAACGACACUAUUUAAUAUCGCUCUAAAAGGAGUAAUUAGGGACACAGGGCUGAAAAAGACAAUUAUUCAAAGCUCAACACAGAUCAUAGGAUAUGAAGAUGACCUGGGACUGGUAGCACGAGAUAAAAAAAAAAGGCUAGAAGAGGCACUUUUAACCCUGGUAAGAGAAGCAAAGACGAGAGGAUUAAUCAAUCAGAAUAAAACAAAAUAUCUUAUAAGCACAAGAGACAAUGUAAACAGAAUAACAGAAAUAAAGAUAGGUGAAAAUACAUUCCAGAGAGUAGAUUGCUUCAAAUACCUGGGGGUGAUAGUGGACGGCAAAAACGAAAGGAGUAUAGAGAUAAACGAAAGAAUUAAAGCAGGUAAUAGAGUGUAUUGGAAAUAUCACCGACUACUCAAGGACAAAAACCUGAGCAAAAAAAAAACAAAAUCAAAAAUAUACACAGCAGCAAUCAGAUCAGUGAUAGCCUAUGGAGCAGAAGUAAUGUGCCUUAAGAAAAAAGACGAAGAAAAGUUAAGAAUAGUUGAGAGAAAAAUUAUGAAAAGAAUACAUGGCCCAGUAAAGACAGAAACAGGGGAAUAAAGAAAGCAUGAACCAUGAAAUAAUAAAUAUAAAUAAAGGAGAAGAUAUAGUAAAAUUCAUUAAAGCACAAAGGCUCAGAUGGUUUGGGCACACACAAAGAAGAGGGGUAGAAGAACUGAUCAGGAAGAUAAUGAACUGGAAACCAGUAAAAAAUAGACCAAGAGGAAGACCAAAAAUAAGAUGGGAAGAUCAACUGCUAGACGAUAUAUCAAAGAUGGAAAUUGCAAACUGGAGAGAAAAGAUUCAGGACUUGAGAGAGUGGAAGAAGAUAGUAGAGAAGGCAAAAAAACAUCACAACCUAUGAACUACGACCUAAAGGAAAAGCGGACUAAUUUACCGCUUGAAAUGGAUUAAAAGAGCUCAUAUUUGAGCGAACUAUACUCUAACAAGAGUGAACGGUCCAUAUAAUAAUUCCAGGUAUGUACCUGUAUAAAUUACCCUCCUUGAAGGUGGUGUAAAAGGUACUCAUCAUUUAUGUAUUGUCUUUUGGAAGGAUUACUAGAGAAAAUCCAAAUAAAUUUUGAAAAAAUGGCUGAAAUCGCUGAAAUUCUUGUAACAAAUUUGGUAAUCAGUGAACAUGGGUAUAAGUUAUUGGUGGUAAAUGACUUUAAAUUUCACUUAAAGAAAGUGCUAAAAAGUGGAAAACAUUUAUGGUACUGUUCUGCAUCUGGUUACCAGGCAACCUGUUAUACCGACGGUUAGUUUUUUUUUAAUAUUUUGAGUAGUAACUAUGUUGGAUAUCAACAAUUUGAUGUCAAAAAUGCACAUUUUGCCAUUUUUUGUCUACCAGUAAGAAGAAAAACAUUUAAAACAAAAUUUAAGAUAACCGCAUUAUAGAGCAUGUAAAACAAUUUAAACAAGGUUUUAUAAAUUUCGCUAAACUUAAUUGUUGCUUAUAAAACUAUAAAUUAAGUCAGUUUAACGUUAAUAUAACUUAUGUAAAAAUACAACUUAUAUCUGGAUAUUAAGUGAAAUAGCUCAAAGAAAUGAGUAAAAAUACACGGUUUUUAUGACACUCAGUGUAACUACGUAACAAUUCGCACACCUAGUUCAAUUGUGCCACAACUGCAAAAAAUUCGAAUUUUGAGUUAAGGCUGUAAAAUAUUGCCUAUAUAAUGGCCCAUCUAAUGCAAUACAGCCUGAACUAAAAUAUUGUUUUGGAUAAGUAUAAAGUAAGUUACUUCGGUAUUUCACUGUAGGGUUUUUGGAGGUUUUGAAAAUGCAAUACGGCCAUAACUGGGAGAUAUGGCGAUAAUAUACACUGCCACAAUACAACCGAUGUAAUUCAAUACGUUCAAUAAGGCCACAACUGCAAAAAUCAAGAGAGAUGUGGCGAUAAUAUACACUGCUGCAAUACAACCGGUAUAAUUCAAUACGGCCACAACUGCAAAAAUCAAUUGAUUUUUUCAUUAUAUUGCCGCCGUAUCUCCUAAGUAUUGUUUUAUAAAUGACUUUCUUCACAAUACAAUAUCACCAUAACUAUCAAAACAAUAAUAACGUUUUAUUUUUAAUAAAUUGUAAUAAGAUCCAGCCAAUAAGUGUAUAAUUUACUACCUAAAUUGUAAUUUUAAAGCCAGUCACUCUCAAAAUAAAUUAUUUACAGGGCAUAACGCAUUUACUACAGAGCGUUUUGCUCAUUUCUCGAGAAUAUUGUGUUUUGCACUUGUGGCACUAUUGAACUAGGUGUGCGAAUUGUUUUAGUUUCUAUAUGGACGGAAUAACAAAAUUUAUGUACAUCUGACCAAUUUUUUCUCAUUUUAAUUAUUUAUUGACGAUUUAAAUGAAAAAUAGCCGAUUUUAAGAAUUUUCGUCUAUAAGUUACAAUAUUUUACCAAAAAACUGAAAAAAUAACCGAUUAGUUUAUUGAAAUAGCCUUAAAAUGAGUUGAAGUCAAAUAGAAUUGGAGCUUUGUUUAUCAAUAAACAUUAAUGAAAAGUAUACAUUUGCGACAGGCUCUGUGUUGGCUUAAUCCGUUACUAUUCAAAUUUAUUUCUUACGUUUUAAGCUAACUACCUGAGGUACCCCUAAACCCUAAAAAUGUCAUCAAAACGACGAUUUUGAAGCUCUUCCGAUUGUAUUAAAGAAGCUAUUAUCGAUUAAAAAAAAGUUGUGUAUUUUAAUUCUAAAUUUCAACUAUUUAAUUAAAAAUAAAGGGUUUCAGUUGAAAAUUCAAAGUUGCUACACCCAUCGCUUUUGCAGGCCGAAUAAGAACCCUGCUAUUGCAUAAGUAUAUAGAUUUUGAAAAACCAUUAAAAAGCAUUCCAAAGUUUUUUCGAUAUGCCGUCUAGGUCUCGAGAUAUUUGACAAUCGCCUUUCUGGACAGAGCCCUUAAAUAAUGUAAAUAUUCUUAUUAAAGCUAGACAUAAGCCGAGUGAGAGAGCUGACCGUGAAAUUCAUGUGCGAUGUUUCCAAAUUUACCGGAUCUCAGGUUGUCUGCAAAAUAUAUAUUUAGCAUAUACACAACGGAUCGCGCGAGCUGCCCUCUACAGCGGAUUUAGUGGAACCACUGCAAUAUAAAAUUCACCAAAAGGGGUGCAAAAUGAGGUCCAGACAAAAAUCGAUUUCCUUGUACCCCAACCAUUGUUACAUCGAGAUGUCACUAUAUACACGUGAAUACAAGGUGAGAUCCAAAAUCGGAUCUCGCCUUGAUAUGAAGACAUAUAUAUAUAUAUAUAUAUAUAUAUAUAUAUAUAUAUAUAUAUACAUAUAUAUAUUAUUAUUCUUUUUGUAUUAUUAACAGUCACUACAUAUUAAUAAUUAUAUAUAUAUAUAUAUAUAUAUAUAUAUAUACAUUUUAAAGUAGAAGACUUUAAAGACGAGGAAAAAACCUCAUGAUACUAUCUCAACAUUGUAAGUAUUUGGUCUUACAUUCAGUUUACCCUCAAAACUAACACCAAAUUCCGAUUUUAUAUGUAUGUUAUUUUAAAUUAUAAAUAAUAUUAAUAAUACAUAGAUAUAUAAAGAAUACUAAAAUAUAAAGUAUGUACUAUCCUCGAUAUAUUAUCGACUUACUAAUCGUGGUAUUUUCUUUCUAUUGACUUCCUCUUUUAGUAUGGGUAACCACAUCCUACUGCAUUCUACCGAGAACUUUGCGACACAAUUGGUUUCAUUUAGCAUAAUUAGAACUAUUUAAUUUAAUUAUGAUUUAUCAUAAUUUAAUUUGAUUUUUCUCUUUUUAUUAUCUGUUUCUUUUAGGACUAUACUUGAAUCUUUCCACUGAACUCUAUGUUCAUUGUGAUUUUUCCUCGUGAUUUACUAUGGAAUCACUAACACGAGAAUUUUACUGUCACCAUUGCAUGUGGUUGUCUUUUUAAAGACAGAUCACAUACUAUAAUUUUUUUGUGGCAGAUAUUCUUGAGUUAAAGUUGAUUUCUUUAAUCGAAUGAACUGUCUUUCAAUAAAGUCGUCCCAGGAACGUAACUCAUAAAUAUUGGCAAUAUCAUUUUAAAGUCUUCUACUUUAAAAUGUAUAAUAUAUGUCUGAAUUGCCGAUAUGAAUGAGUCAGAUUAAAUUAAAUUAGAAGAAUUUUUUUACUAAGCAACAACAUUUUUGUUUAAUUUAUUAAUAUUUGUAUUUUGACAACGACGUCCAAAGUGGCAGUCGAAACGUUAAUACAAUCAUUUUUCAAGUUAAAUUGUGGCUUAUUUCCCAAUUAGCAUAAUAAAUUACAUAAAUGCCCCAAAGAAAUAGCUUCAGAACAAUAUUCUUUAAGCUUCGACUAGCUCUGUCUCUCAGGUGUAGCUACGUCUUAUCUUAAAUGCAAAUCUGAACCGAGAGAAAUGGAGGAACAAAUAAAAGAUUAUAUUAACUAAUAACAUUUAUAAUACACAAAGUAAUGAAUAAGAUCGGUAGCCACCUGAGGCACCGCAGACGUUCGGAUACAAUAAACGUCUCUUUGUAAAGACAAUAAAGUCGACUUUACUAAGUAACAAGAUAUUUACUCAACACACACACUACACAUUACUGCUCUAUUGUUAAACCAUUGUGACUAGCUGAAUGACUAAAAUGUCUAUGCCAUUAAAAAAAUAUUAAUAAAUAAAGAAGAAAUUCUUGCCUUAAGCCGUACAAAAAGGUGAAAACAAUACUUAUGGCAAAAUAUAUUUCUGGAUGUAGCUGAUUUUUUUAUGUUAGCUGAAUGUUUGGAUGUAACUGAAUGUUUUAGUCUUUAAUAUUAUGUCCCAUGUGUGGUGCACCAUGUGGUUUACGAAGUACUACCAUAAAGAAGGAUAAGAAAGAUUUCAAUUAAAACCAAAAAACUAAAACAAGAGGCCAUGUGUUAUUGACAUUAUAAAUUAUAGACAUUGUCUCUCCAUGAAGUUAUAGAAAAAUAAUUUUUUUUUAGAAGGAGAAUGGCAUAAACCUGGAAACAAGGCAUUAUUAGCGAAGACAUACACUUUUUCAUAGUUCCAUGACAAUGUUUUAGAUUUUUCUAACAUUAUUUUAUUAAUUUAUUGCAUGCCCAUCUAUGCCAACGAUAUAUUUUUUGGUUUUUGCACUUUGUUGUUAAUGAUUUGAAUAUAUAAGUACAAAAAUGAUUACUUUAUUAGUAAGUUCGAUAUCUGUAUUAAUUUAUUUUUCUAUAUGGCAUACGUACCUGUGUGUAUUCAGCGGGAACCAAUAACAGAAACAAUAUGGCAACACUGUAGCUCUUGAUAUAUUGUUUGUAGCUACCUUGUAUUUAGGUAUAAUAAUAGUAAAUGGAAAUAAGUUUUAAAAUAAUUUCAAAUUUAAUAUUUGGUAUUGCCACUUUUUACAGCAAUUAUAUUCUUCCUCCAGUGAUGCUACAGCUCAUAUUUGCUCUUGAUUCCUGCAAUUUAUGCCACCGGCAUUGUCCUCCCUCCUCUCCAAGCUCUAUGAUCCAUCACAUUUAAUGUCCAUUGAUAUUUUAACCUUUCCAUUCCUUUCCUUUGGGAAACAAAAGAAGAAAAGGAAGACAUGGAUGGACCAAAUCCAUGAUAUAGGUGAAAGGAGAGACAUGAAGAACCUGGCCACCAAUAGAAGUGCAUGGAAGAAGUGAAUAAGAGGCGGAACCCUAUAUCCGACUCCCUGAAGGGCACUAAGGAUUAUGAGAGAGAAAAAGAAGAAUUGCUUUCCUUUUGGUCUCCUGGCCUUCAUCUUACUGGUUACGAAGCUACUCGCCAAUCUACCAAUCUCACGGCCCUUUUUGGAAACCUCAUGAGAUAAUGCAACUCUCAUAUCUUUUACGUGGCCCUUCUUUUGUUCUUCUAGUGCCGACUCCACUAGUGAAGAUUUGCUAUAACCAUUGCAAAUUCGUCUUUAUUUUCUGCUUUUCCUAAAAGCAUCUGUGUGUUUAACCCGGUUCAGUCGCGAAUGUUUUGUUCUUCUGGCCAGCAUUUUACCCUCUAGGGCUUUUGUUGGCACUCUCUCAAUGUUAGUGCUUUUAUGGAUAACCUCACUACAUUCUUCACUUUCCCAUCUUGUCCAUGGUAUCCCUUUUGCUCUUCCAGUCUACAGUUUAUUUUCUAUAGCACUUCUUCACAAUCUAUCAAUAUCAGGACUCUUCUUGACAAGUUCACUACAGAACUCAUUCACUCUCCGCGACUUCUCUAUUAUUCUUUCAUGUUGCCAUUUACUCUGUAGGGAUUUUCUGGGCAAUCUACACUGCGGUGCAAAAAAAUCGAUCCACUAAAAAUUUGGUCAUUUUUAAUGUUUCGAAUUUCCUAAACCUGUUGUCCGAUUUAAGCGAUUUUUUACCACGUUAUAGCCUUAUUCACUGACAAUAUCGCUGUAAUAAUAUUGUUGCUAGACAGUCAAACUGUCAUUGUAUACCGGGUGUACGAAUCAAACUGCUUUUUUCUCAAAGUUCGCAUCACCCUGUGGAUUAUUCUAUCAUUUAUAAAAUACUGAAAUUAAAACCCAACUAUACAUCAGGUUUUCUUAACAUUUUGCCUUUCGAUUCAUUCGCUUAUGUUAGAUAAUAAAAAAGUUAGCUACUUUAACAACUGCCCAUGUUCGUCAUCAGUACAGGGUGUUUUCUAAAUAAGUGCGACAAACUUUAAGGGGUAAUUUUACAUGAGAAAAUAAUGAUAAUUUGCUUUAUAAUCAUAUGUCCGCAAACGCUUCGUUUCCGAGAUACGGGAUGUUCAAUUUUUUUACAAACUGAUGAUUUAUUUAUUGCUUUAAAACCAGUUUAGAUAUGCAAAUGAAAUUUGGUGGGUUUUAAGACGUAGUUAUUGCACAUUUUUUAACAUACAAUUAAACAUUGUAUAUUCACUAUUGGCGUGCGCACGGGUAAUAUUAUCGGUCAUAAUACCCGUGUGCGCGCCAAUGGUGAAUAUUAAAUUCUUAAUUGUAUGUCAAAAAAUGUGCAAUAACUACGUGUUAAAACCCACCAAAUUUGAUUUGCAUAUCUCAACUGGUUUUAAAACAAUAAAUAAAUCGUGAGUUUGUAAAAAAAACAUUGAACAUCCCGUAUCUCGGAACGAAGCGUUUGCGGACAUAUGAUUAUAAAGCAAAUUGUCAAUCUUUUCUCAUGUAAAAUUACCCCUUAAAGUUUGUCGCACUUAUUUAGAAAUACCCUGUACUGAUGACGAACAUGACCAGUUGUUAAAGUACCUAAUUUUUUUAUUAUCCAACAUAAGCGAGUGCAUCGAAAGACAAAAUGUUAAGAAAACCUGAGGCUAUAGUUGGGUUUUAAUUUCAGUAUUUUAUAAAUGCUAGAAGUCGAUCGGAUAGCUCAGUGCGACUAGCGGCUGACCCACACUUCACUUCGCCUUAAGGUAUGUGAGUUCAAGCCCAGCCCAGGCCAUCGGAAAAACAAAAAGGCUAACGCGCCAGUAUAAAAUUCUUAAUAUGAAUCUGGCGCUUAGACUGGAAUAUGCGGGCAUCUGAUCGACCUAUGAGGGAGCAGUACGGCAAGGGAUAAGGGCUUGCGGCUCGGUGAUACUCCCCCAUAGAUCCCUACCGAAGGGCAUUGACGCCUAAGAACGGUGUAAUACAUACAUACAUAAAUGCUAGAAUAAUCCAGAGGGUGAUGUGAACUUUGAGAAAAAAAGACAGUUUGAUUCGUACACCCGGUAUACAAUGACAGUUUGACUGUCUAGCAACAAUAUUAUUACAGCGAUAUUGUCAAUGAAUAAGGCUAUAACGUGAUAAACAAUUACUUAAAUCGGACAACUGGUUUAGGAAAUUCGAAACAUCAAAAAUGACCAACUUUUUAGUGGAUCGAUUUUUUUGCACCGCAGUGUAUCAAUACCAGGACUCCCCUUAGCAAUCCCGUUACAUAACCAGUCCAUUGAAAUCUAUGAACUGUCAACUCAAAGCAUGUGUUGGCUGGGCAGUGCUUUUCGAACGAUUUCCCAGUGUUGCCAACCUAUUUUUAUUCCUUGGUUCUUAUGUAUAACGCAAGAGGGUAAGCCAAAUAAAAAAGUCUAAGUAGUGUUUUUCCGGCUAGUGUGUACAUAUUAAAACUUUAUAACUAUACUAUGUAAGGUUUUUAAUAAUCACUUACAGACGCGUAAUCUCAAUGUGUGAAUGUUUCCUGUUAUUUUUUUAUACAAAUAAGAAGGGUGUGAAGUUUAUUUAACUUUAUCUAGAGGUUGUAUACGGAGAUAUAAUAUUAAAGUAAUGUUAUUUUUGUUAUAGAGUUUUAUAGCAUACUAUUUAAGGCAAUUGUUGGAAUAUUGGUAAAUUACGAAUAGUUGGACAGAAAAAUGGCUGGAAAAUUACCAAAGACGUUUAGGUAGGGAUAGUUUGAGACAUCUUCAUAAAGAGAACGGCUUAAAGAAUACACAAAACAGGAAAACAACUAGUCGUAGAGAGAACAAGCUACUUACCAGUGACAUGUGAGCAGAGAAGCCUAACAAAAUCAAUUAAAAUAGAAGUAUCUGAAAAUAUCAUUUCACGAACCCCCUUAGUCUAGAACAUUGAGGGUUAUGUGAAUUAUUAAAAACAUAGCCCAUAAAAAGAAUAAGACGAAGAAGAACAUUUAGGUUAGAACCCCAUUGACGAAUUCUUACAAACGAAAGCGGGGACACAGAGGGGGAAAAGUGCCUCAAAGAAUUAAAAAAACCAAGAAAUGUUAGUAAUAGCAUUGUUUAUAUAGGGAGAUAGUUGGUCAGCCCAAUAGGUAAAUAUGUUUGAUUCAAAUCGAGACAGUCACCAGAUGUCCCCACAAUUUCUGUCGGGGGCGCAACGUUAAAAUGCAUAGACACCAAGUUGGAUACGAUCCUAUUCAUAACACCCCAACUCGCAUACAUAUUAAGAAAAAUAAAUAUACAGGGUGUUUCAUUAAUAAUUGUCCAUAUAGUAACUGGAGAAACCUUAGCACAAAAUACGAAGAUUUAACCUAAAACACUUAAAUAAAAUGUGGUUCCUUACUGAGUUACAGGGUGUUUUAUCUAAAAAUUUAAAAACUAUUUUUGCUCAGCAUUUUAAAACUAUUCGACGUAUCCGUUUCAUACUUGGCAGUAAGUGCGACUACUAUACACCCUAUAAAUUAUGAUAAACAAACGUUUCUGGCUACUACCAGAGGCGUACGACAGGGGAUAGUGAAUGGUUGACCCUUCUCAAAUUCUACGCCACUGGAGGAAUUACUAUUGUAGUGCCAUUUUUAAAUUCUCUAAUACUUUCUACGUAAAUAAUAUACUCCUCAUUGGUAACGAUAAAGUCAUUAGUUUUGGAGAUCUUUGAAGUUCAAAAUGAAACGACACGGUUAUUUUGAUUAAUGUAUUGUGUCGCUUCAUUUUUAAUUUCAAAUAUCUCGAAAACUAAUCAUUUUAUCGUUACGAAUGAAGAGUAUAUUAUUUACAUAAAAAGUAUUGAACAAUCAAAAAAUUAUACUGAAAUAUCAAUUUCGUCAGUGUCGUAGAAUUUGGGAAGGGUCAACCAGCCAGUACCCCCUGUCGUACGCCUCUGGUAGUAGCUAGAAACGUUUAUUUAUCUUAAUUCAGUAGGGUGUACAGUACCUACACUUUCUGCCAAGUAUGAUAAGGACACGCCAAAUAGUUUGAAAGUACUGGGUAAAAAUAAUUUUUAAAUUUUAAUCAUAUGAAUCAUAUCAUAAAUUAAUCAAAAUAACUGUGUUAUUUUGAUUAAUUUUCAUAUUUAACUUCAAAUAUCUCGAAAACUAAUGACUUUAUCGUUACCAAUGAGGAGUAUAUUAUUUACGUAGAAAGUAUUGGAGAAUUUAAAAAUGACACUAAAAUAGUAAUUCCUCCAGUGGCGUAGAAUUUGAGAAGGGUCAACCAUUCACUAUCCCCUGUCGUACGCCUCUGAUAGAAGCCAGAAACGUUUGUUUAUCAUAAUUUAGUAGGGUGUAUAGUAGUCGCACUUACUGCCAAGUAUGAAACGGAUACGUCGAAUAGUUUUAAAACGCUGAGCAAAAAUAAUUUUUAGAUAAAACACCCUGUAACUCAGUAAGGAACCACAUUUUAUUUAAGUGUUUUAGGUUAAAUCUUCGUAUUUUAUGCUAAGAAUUCUCCAGUUACUAUAUGGACAAUUAUUAAUGAAACACCCGUAUAGAAGAGCAUAUUUAGAAAUUGAAUUAAUGAUGUCAUGCUACUAUACAAUAAGUGAGUUCGCGGGAGCCUGUCGGCGACUAGUCGGCGACAAAUUGGCAGCAAAACGCAUGCGCACUUUAAAAUGAUAUAAAUAAUAUCGUUAAUAGAUAAAUAUACAAGAUAUAUUUACCUAGUAUAAUUUAAUAAUUAGUUAUUAAUAUUAAUUAAAAGUAAAUAUACCUUGUAUAUUUAUCUAUUAACGGUAUUAUUUAUAUUAAGUGAGGUUAGAAAUUGUCGGCGACAAUUUGUCAACUGUACCCGCGAACGCACCUAUUAUAAUAUAGGUAAUAGCAUGGCAUCAUUAAUUCCAUUUCUAAAUAUAUUCUUCCAUAUAUUUUAUAUUUAUUUUUAUACAUUUAUUUUUCUUAAUAUGUAUACGAGUUGGGGUGUUAUGAAUAGGAUCGUAUCCAACUUGGUGUCUGUGCAUUUUGACAUUGCGACCCUGACAGAAAUUGUGGGGACAUCUGGUGACUGUCUCAAUUUGAAUCAAACAAAUUUUCCUAUUGGGCUGACCAACUAUCCCUAUAAAAACAACGGUAAUAGUUGACUAUGUUUGUGUCAUAUUGCAUAUUAUAUCUUAAUGCGAUCAGUCUUGGUGACACUACCAGAUGGCGGGUAUUUACACGCAAUCAUGGCGCAUAAUGUUCAACAUAUCCAAUUCUUAUUCUUAUUAUGUUCUUCUUAUUAUUAUGUUCUAUUCAAUAUCUUAAGGUAAAUAAAAAGUUUGAAGAUGGAAUUAAAAGGAAGUGAAUUAAUGUUGGGAAAAAAAGUUAUUGAGUGAAUGAUCAGUCUUUAUUUAAUAAUAAUUAUAAGAAAUAAAGAAAAGGAGACUAAUAUUCUAUUCUUUCCUAGAAGUCGUUAGAAUGUCUGUUUGUAGCCAAGUAUCAUGACAAUUGCUUUAAAUAUCAAUCAUCCAAAGACAUAAACAUUGUUAAAUAUUAAAUACUAAUCACAAGUGUCAUAUUAAUAAAUUAUUAAUACUG